GGUACAACCAUGACUGGGCAUCUGAAGAUGACGACGAAUGUAGAAUGCUUGGUAUUUUACACCUUGAACUUUUCCAGUUCAUAGCGCUGCCUCAAUUUUUUCUCAUUGCAUUCGUAAUCAUAUUCUUAUACAUCAAAAUAUUUCAUUUAGCUUAUGUUCAAUCAAAAAUAAUGGAGAAAGAAUUCCUGAUGGUGAAUAGGAUUCAUAGAAGUGGAAUAAAGUCUGUUAAAAAAUUCAAGAAAGAUGUAUCGUUAUCUAAAACUGCUGUGAUUGUAUUGGGGUUAUUUCUUGGGUCGUGGCUGCCCUUUAUCAUUAUACUGGUGCUGCAAGUAUAUGGAAAUAUGGUGACUGACAAUUUCCUAAUCACAUUGAGGGGAUUCGCAACAUUGCUCGCAAUAUGCAACUCAGGAAUGAACCCAAUUAUUUAUGCAUCUAGGAUGAGAGAUUUUAGAAUUGAAUUUAAGAAGAUUCUAAACAUAAAACAGAAUCAGGUGGAUGUUUUGAAGCAGACUAUCAGUACGGGACAUAUUCACGAGUGGCAUAAUUUAUUACGUUUCAGGCACAGGGUAUUUUUAUUGCUGCAGCCAAAGAAAGAAAAUAUUCAGUAGCAAUAUCAAGAAAGACCAUUAUGUUGUACACUGCAGUUAGGACACACUGACUUGUAUUGUGAUUUAAUCCUUAACGAUAAACUUGAGAACCAUUAAGUAUUGAACAUUUUCCCCAGAGCUAAUGCAUAUGUUGCAUUAGUUUGAGGAACCAUGAUCAUAUGGAUGCAAAAACUAAUCUUACAAUUAAGGAUUAUAAUGUAAAUGAGAAAACAGCAGUACAAACCUAAAUAUUCACCGUAAUCUAAUGCCUUGGUCACGUUUG